UUUUUCUCAGUUUUCGAGAAACCCCAUUAGCGCCGCGGGGGAGGCGAAACUGCGUUUGGGAACGCGCUUCCGCGGCAGCAGCGGCGAUGACGACGCGCAUCGCCCCCGGCGUGGGCGCGAACCUCCUCGGCCAACACUCCGCCGAGCGCAACCAAGACGCCACCACCUACGUCGGCAACCUCGACCCCCAGGUUUCAGAGGAGCUUCUCUGGGAGUUGUUUGUUCAAGCAGGUCCUGUUGUCAAUGUUUAUGUCCCGAAAGAUAGAGUUACAAAUCUACACCAAGGAUAUGGAUUUGUGGAGUUCCGUAGUGAGGAAGAUGCUGAUUAUGCUAUUAAGAUUUUGAACAUGAUUAAAAUAUAUGGGAAGCCAAUCAGGGUAAAUAAGGCUUCCCAAGACAAGAAGAGCUUGGAUGUGGGUGCAAACCUUUUUGUUGGUAAUCUUGAUCCGGAUGUGGAUGAAAAACUUCUCUAUGAUACCUUCAGUGCUUUUGGAGUAAUUGUAACAAAUCCCAAGAUAAUGAGAGAUCCCGAAACUGGAAAUUCUCGAGGUUUUGGUUUUGUUAGUUAUGAUUCCUUUGAUGCAUCUGACGCAGCAAUAGAGGCGAUGAACGGACAAUAUCUCUGUAAUCGUCAAAUCACCGUCUCUUACGCAUAUAAGAAAGAUACAAAAGGAGAACGUCACGGCACUCCUGCAGAGCGAGUUCUGGCAGCAAGCAAUCCAGGCGCUCAGAAGAAUCGUCCUCACACCUUGUUUGCAAGUGGUCCACCAACACUUCCUAAUGGCCCGCCAGUGAAUGGUGCCGUUGGUGCACCGAUCCCUCGGCCAUUCGCCAAUGGCCCAAUUCCGGCAGCUCAGGUGCCAUCAGUUCGUCCACCGCCGCCACCGAUCGGGCAGUUUCCCCCUCCAGUUCAGAUGGCGCCUCCACCAUCUUGGCCUGCUCAGCCACCACCUGGCCAAAAUUUUCAUCCAUCGGCCAUUCCGCCGCCCAUGCAAUUCAGGCCUCCACACAGCAUGCCGCCACCGCCUCCACCUGCGGGUAUGGUAAGGCAGGCACCGCCUCCACCCGCCGGAAUGUUGAGGAUGCCGCCUCCGCCUUCCGGAGCAGGUGUUCUGCCUCCACAUAUGUGGCGACCGCCCCCACCGCCACAACAAGCCGGUGGUAUGCCACCUCAAAUGUCGAUGCAGCCUCCACCUCCCCCACAUUCCGCAGGAUGAGUUCUGUUGAAUACUCUUCAAUUGAUAUUGCCGGUGAAUCUCGUUGCUUGGAGGUAGAAAUUGGAGGAGGAUCUGAGAACGCAUUUCCGUUUCGAUUUUUUUUUUUUGACGUACUUCGGUACCUAACGGUUUUAAUUAAGAAUCUUGUCGACUAACUUCGAUUGCCAGGCAAUCCAAGAAACGGAUGCAGCUUUCUCCGUAUUAUACCAUCCCAGACUUGAUGAAGAUGGUUGUAGAGUAAAUGGUUCCUUGCGGAUUCUCCUCUACUGUUUAGUGCCCUGUAUGACUUACUAGUAAGAACUCGUUGUAGUAUCUCUGGUUUUAUCUGUGGUCCCAACUUAGAUUCUUUCGUGUCGCUUCCGGUGGAACUCUUUGGCUUCCUGGAACUUCUUUUGAGUAGUACGUUUGCCUCAGAUGUAUAAUAAUCGCUCUGAUUAAAUGUUGCAGCCUUAUGUUGUGGAAACAAUGAAAACAUGAUUUAAAUCAUUUUUACUAAGUUAAA